AUGGCGGUUAGGCAAAGAGCAGUAUCGGCACUUCCAACCCUUUUACGCACUCUCCGGAGAGAACCAUUGAAGCCUCAGAACCAUGUCAAUGCGUUACCCUCUCUUCGACGCGCUUUCUCUUUGUACGAUCAGAUCAACCUCAUCGAUCAAGUUCCCGAAGACCAGCUUCGAUUUCAAGGGUAUAGUGAUACGGGGUUUACUGUAAAUGGGGUUGAGUAUGAAGGAAGCGUGCUUUGUGUUGGAAAUUUGCUCAUGUCUUGGAAACCUAAGAAGUUUUCAGAGAUCACCGCUGAUAGUUUGUCGCUCUUCCAAAUUGUUCGCCCUAUUCCAGAGAUUUUGAUUCUUGGUUGUGGAAGGAACAUUCAACAUGUAGAUCCUGAACUGAGACGGUUUAUUCGCUCUACUGGCAUGAAGUUAGAAGCUGUAGACUCGGUAUGUUGUGGGUAUAAAGGGGACAUGGGAACUAUUAAACUUGUGUCUAAGAUUUUAAAAGAAAUGAACUUGAAGAAGAAUGGAAAGGACCAAUCUGAGGCCCGAUGUUCCUACCCUUCUGAUUUCAAUGCUUUUAUGGUUUAUCCCUUCUCAUUCUCUCCAAAGCUUGCAAUCAUAAGAAAUGCAGCAUCAACUUACAACAUACUGAAUGAAGAAGGUCGAAUUGUGGCUGCUGCACUUCUUCCACAUGGAGUUUCUUCAUGA